CCAGGGUCGCGGAACCCCCCAGAGACUUGCCAGAGGCAGUGGCACCCCUCAGGGGCCCUCCCAAGGACGGCGGAGGCCCCAGGAGCCCUGCCACAGGUUGUGGCACCCUGAGUACCUCUUCCAGGGACUGUGGCGCCCCCAAGGCCCUCCCAGGGACGACAGCGCCCCCUAGGUUCGUUCCAGGUAGCAGUACGCCCCCAGGGGUUCUCCCAAAGGUGGCAAAUCCCCCAGGGGCCCUGCCAUGGGCUGUGGCACCCCCAAGGAAUUUACCAGGAGCUGUCGCGCCCUCAAGGCCCUAUCGGGGGCGGCGGUACCUCCCAGAGCCCUCCCAGGGUGCGGCGCUUUCGGAAGCCUUUGCAGGGGCGGUGGCACCCCCAGAGGCCCUCCUAGGGACCACAGGGGCCCUCCGAGAGACUGUGACAACCCCAGGGGACCUCCCAGGGGGUGCAACGACACCAAGGGCCCUCCCAGAGGCAGUGGCCACCGAAGGGACACUUCCAGGUCGGUGGAGCCCCCCAGAGCCCUCACCUGGGCAAUGGCACCGCCAGGGGCCCUCCCAAGGGCGGCGGAGCCUCCAGGAGCCCUGCCAGGGACUGUGGCACCGUGAGGCCUUCUUCCAGGGAACGUGGUGCCCCGAAGGCCCUCCCAGGGGCGGCGGUGCCCCCCAGGGCCCCCCCCAGGGGAAGCAGCGCCCCCCCAAGGAUUUUCCAAAGAUGGCAAACCCCCCAGGGGCCCUGCCAGGGGCUGUGAGUGAUAAACUACUGCCACAAGGGGCCCUACAAGAACAGCGCUCCUUUGGGCCCUCCCAUAUGCCCAACCAGGUGCGGCGCCUUCGGAAGCCUUUGCAGGGGCGGCGGCAACCCGAGAAGCCCUUCCAGGGACCACAGGGGCCCUCUGAGAGACUGUGA